CACGGGAGCCACGCCACCGCCGCUCGCUCGCCAUGAGGGAGAUUGUUCACAUACAGGUCGGGCAGUGUGGCAACCAGAUUGGCUCCAAGUUUUGGGAGGUGAUCAGUGACGAGCAUGGUAUCCUUCCUGAUGGAAUAUACCAAGGAACACAUGAACUUCAGCUGGAAAGGAUCAAUGUUUACUACAGCGAAGCCCAGGGAGGGAAAUUCGUGCCCCGUGCCGUGCUAGUGGACCUGGAACCCGGCACUAUGGACUCAAUCAGGUCUUCAACUUACGGGCAGUUCUUCAAACCCUACAACUUUUGCUUCGGCCAAAGUGGUGCAGGGAACAACUGGGCCAAGGGACACUACACAGAGGGCGCCGAGCUGGUGGACAAUGUGAUCGACGUGGUGAGGAAAGAGGCCGAGGAGUGUGACUGCUUGCAAGGGUUCCAGCUGAAGCACUCGCUGGGGGGCGGCACGGGCUCUGGUAUGGGCACACUCCUCAUUUCCAAGAUCCGAGAGGAGUACCCCGACAGGAUCAUGAACACCUUCUCUGUCAUGCCCAGUCCCAAGGUAUCAGACACUGUGGUGGAGCCGUACAAUGCAACCCUCUCCGUGCACCAGCUGGUCGAAAACACAGACGAAACUUACUGCAUUGACAACGAGGCGCUUUACGACAUCUGCUUCAGGACGUUAAAGCUCGCUACUCCGACCUACGGCGACCUCAAUCACCUGGUGUCACUCACGGUCUCCGGCAUUACCACCUGCUUGAGAUUUCCAGGUCAACUCAACGCCGACCUUCGCAAGCUGGCCGUCAACAUGGUGCCCUUCCCCAGACUCCACUUCUUCAUGCCUGGCUUCGCGCCGCUCACUGCUCGCGGCAACCAGCAAUUCCUGAACCUAUCCGUGCCUGAGCUAGCCACGCAGAUGUUCGACAUAAGGAACAUGAUGGCAGCCUGCAACCCCAAGCAUGGCCGCUACCUGACUGUGGCCGCCGUGUUCCGAGGCCGCAUGUCCAUGAAGGAGGUGGACGAGCAGAUGCUGAAGAUGCAGAACAAAAACUCGUCAGCUUUCGUGGAGUGGAUCCCUAAUAACGUGAAGACUGCCGUGUGUGACAUUCCCCCACGAGGCCUCAAGAUGUCAGGAACCUUUAUCGGAAACUCCACCGCUGUCCAAGAUUUGUUUAAACGCAUCUCGGAGCAGUUCACGGCCAUGUUCAAGCGUAAGGCGUUCCUCCACUGGUACACGGGCGAGGGCAUGGACGAGAUGGAGUUCACGGAGGCGGAGAGCAACAUGAAUGACCUGGUGAGCGAGUAUCAGCAGUACCAGGAGGCAGGAGUGGAUGACGACGAAUACGAUGAAUACGAGGAGAAUGGCAGUGCUGAAUACGACUAUCAGUAAAAAUAUGCUCAUAA